UCAUGGCUGACGGGUAUCGCGGAUGCAUUUCUUCGCGGCCACCAGGACAUGGGAAGUGAUUUGCCGAUGGCUCAGGACUUUUAUAAGAUGCACUGCCAAUUGUUGGAGGACUUGGGGAAACGUGGGGAUGAAAUUGACGAAGCACUGUCGGUUUUAUCGGGAACAAUUAUGGAAAUAACUGACGAGAGACAGCGAAUUGCUCAGAAGAAGCACAUUGAAGAUCGUGUUGAUGCUCUGAGAGACUCUUGGUUAGAUUGCAGGCAUACUGUUGAAGCAAGACUUCAUCUUAGUGCUCUGUAUGUCGAUUUUCAUGAAGCGGCUAUUGCUCUGGGGAAAGAACUCGAUGAAGUUGAGAGCGAAUUCAAGAAACAUUCGGAUAAUGCUGAAGAGGGAAGAAUAGAUGAUUUAGAAAAACGAUGGAAUGAAUUGCGGCCGCUUUAUAUGAGACUGACUAGUGCUGGAUCUGCAUUUUUAGCUGAAGCUGAUAGGUGCACUGAUGCGUACUUGGACAUCCUGCGUGCACGGUUGUGCGUAGAAACGACCUGGAACGCUGCUAACAGGCAACUAACCGUGACUGAAUCAUGGGAGAACUGGCAGACUUCUGUUGUUACAACAAGGGAGCGGAGAAUUGAACAAGAGAGACGAUUUGAAGAAACUACUAAAACAUUAGCAUGGGCAACCAAGUUUGGUGAACAGCUUUAUCCUAUCAUCACUUCUGAGUCUAUUAAACCUUCUAUGCCAGAAUCAAAGAGCGUUGAGAGCUUCACUAAUGGAGAUGAUAAUGUAAGCGAACGAAUAAAAGAAAAAUUAUCAAAAGUUUACGAGCAUCUUCGAACGACUGCAACAGAUUAUCAAAACCUUCUUGAAUCAUUAAUUUCUAUUUUCGAUGAUCUAGUUCAGAUUGAAAAUAAAAUGGAGGAAGUAAAUGAAAUUCGCAAAAAUUUAGAGCAAUCAUCUGGAUUUCUUACGGAAUCUGGACGAGAUGAAGUACGAAUGAAAGCGGAAACAAUAAAUAAAAUACGCGACGCGAUAACAGAAGUACUUAAAAAUGUUGAGCCGGCGAUUGAUCAAGUUAUAUCGAGAAUCAGAACCCAAGAGCCCGCAGAAGCUGCAGUGCAAGAAACAGAAAAAUUAAAUCAAGUUUUUAAUAUUACUUCUGCUAACUGGGAGAACGCUUGUAUGGAAGCCAAGUUUAAGUUUGAUAAACGUUUGCUGUUUUGUAAUUUUGCUGAUGAUUUGGAUCGUAUUGAUGCUGAUCUUAUGCAUUUAAGUGAUCAAUUAGCUGGCAGUGCUGAGUCAGGGCAUCGUUUUACUGGCGACUCUUUGCCGGCUGCUGAAGCUGCUUCUUCAGCAUUUUGCAUUUCGAAAAACUGUUACG